AGGGGGCGCUACCGCACACUGCGGGAUCACAACAAACAAAGAAGACAAACAUUAAACAUGGCGUCACUCGGCAGCGAAGAGUGGAAAGCAAUCUGCGAUAAAUUCACCAACGCCCAAAACCUCACAGAUGUCGAAUCCCGAAAUGACCCAGAAAACGACCCCUUUCGUUCCAAGUACAAAGCCAGAGAGAUCCUCAGGGAGAUACACUGCUCGCUGAAGAGCUUCGAAGUCAGUGACGGAGAGGAAGACAGCGGUGCGGAAGGCGGCGACCAGCGGCCGACCGGGCAGCCGGUGGACGGCCUGUUGGAGGAGUUGUUCGAACGGGGCUUCAGCGGGGACUCGCCGGCCGGCCAGAGAACCGCUAGACUCGCAGCGGUGGAGUAUUACCUGGGCGUGAACCAUGUUGACACAGAGGAGCUAUCAGCGGGACAAGAACAUCUAAUGAACUGCAUGAAACUACUGGAGAGAUGCAGAGUGGCCACUGAGAGUGUGUCGUUGUUCAUCCAUGUCAGGAACCAACUCGGCAUCCUUUGGGCAGGCCGGGAUGAGACAGAGACGGCACAGGGAUUCCUGGAAACAGCAGAAUCCAUCUAUUUGCGUUACAUGAAGGAGGAUGGAAGUCCUCCCACUGAUUUGGUAGAGUACUUUACUACCAAUGAGAAGAUGCUGACACAUCAGGAAAGGGGCAAAAAGUUUGAGCUAGCCUACACCCACACUAUGUAUUACCUCGCUCAGGUCUAUAAAAACCUUGGUCAAACUGAGCGAGCUGCCACCUACUGCCAUAGCACCCUGCAAAGACAACUGCAAUUAAAUCAGUUCAGUCCAAUGGAGUGGGCCCUGAACGCAGCAACACUGUCACAGUACUACAUCACAAAGGGGCACUACAUGGAGGGCAGACAUUGUCUCUCAGCAGCCACCGUCAUAUCGGCUUUGGCAGGAGAAGCUCCUUCAGAGGCUGCAGCGCAGGAAAGUGAGAUUGAGAGCGAGAGACGAGAUCAGCUGAGACAGAAGAGAGCGGAAAUAGCGAGAUGCUGGAUCAAAUACUGUCUCAACCUCCUCCAGGAUGCCAAGAAAGUGCUUCAGGACAACAUCGGGGAGCUGGAUACCGAUCUCCAGGAGGACCUGAAGAGGAAGAGGAGGCUUGAAGAGGAGGAGGAAGAGAAAGUCAGGAAAAGCGCGCUUCGGUUCGGCUCCGAGGACACGUUUGACUCAAUUGCCAGUCUGGAGGAAAAGGUGAGCUGCUUGCUCCCGCUGGACUUCACUGAAGCCAGAAAUAUUUUUCUGGUGGGACAGAACAAUGUCACACAGGCUAAGGAGUACUUUCAGAUGGAUGGCUACGUGACGGACCACAUUGAGAUCCUGCAGGAUCACAGCGCUCUGUUCAGGGCUCUAGCCUUUUUUGAAGAGGACGUUGAGCGGCGUUGCAAGAUGCACAAACGGCGUGUUGACAUGCUGGAGACCAUCUGCAUCGAGCUGAAUGCCCAGUACUACCUCAUGGUCCGCAGACAGCUCAUGUUUGAACUGGCCGAGACCUACAACGAAAUGAUGGACUUGAAACUGACGCUGGCCAACCGACAAGCUGAUACACAGUCUCUCGACAGCCACACCAUAAAGAAAUUCAACCAUCUUUGCUCUGCUUCUGCCAAGUACUACCAGAUGUUCCUGGAUUCUCUGUGUUCUCCAGAGGGGAAAUUUCCUGAGCACCUGGAGGAAGAGGUGCUCAGACCGACCCUGGUGGCCCGCUUCAGACUGGCACGACUGCACAGCCGCCUGAUCUGCUCUAUUCCCCUUACACAGCUGGACAACCUCAGCAAGUCACUGGAAAACUACAAAUACGUUGUACAGUACUGCGAAGCCCACCCUGAUGCCGCCGCCACCGUGGAGACAGAGCUGGAGUUGAGUAAGGAGAUGGCCGGCCUGCUUCCUCUGAAAAUCAACCGCCUCAAAGCAAGGAUGGCUGCUAACAACUGAAUUCCUGCACACAGUAUUUGUAUUCCCCCGCUUCCGGUUUGUGCCGUGUGUGCAUGCUAUGUGCUGUACUACAUAAGGUCAGAUACAUCAGUGCACAUUUCCUUCGAUACAACAUUGCACACAUUCCAGUGAAACCUUAAACAUAUGGUGAUCUUAUGCUUUGCAUGUCAACCUUAACAACACGUGAUAUUUACACAACACUUAUUUUUCUUGGUGUUUUGUGACAUAAAUGCCCUCUCCAAUCACAGUAAGUUCACAGUACUAUGUGGUACCUCUUGAGCAAUGUAAUGAACAUCUCAGUGCGAUGUUCAUGUAUAAUGAUACUGAAAUGAAAAGUGAUGCCUCUGUAGAUAAUAUAUGCACAAUACGAAUUAAAUAAUACUAUCAAAAAUAC